AUGCAACCAGUGUUAUACUCGUGUAAGGAUGCAGAAGACGGUGAUCCAGGCUGGAUAAGAACUGGAUCAGAUAUUUGUUAUUACAAAAAUCAUUAUAGACGACCAUGUUCCAAUCCAAAGACUGAACGAGAGAAAUAUUACUACACGCUUACAUUCACAAUAGAAUUUCCCUAUUCAAACGACUGCUGUUAUUUGGCAUAUCAUUAUCCAUAUUCAUUUUCCUUACUGGAGGUAAGUUAGAACAUAGUUAAUAGAAUAGAUGGUUCGGAAACUCAUUAGAAUAACAAUAUAACUCAUUAUAUAUAUGUUAGUCAACGUUUAUUCAUAGAUAUGGUCCUUCACCGUCACUUGUGUAUUGCAUUUUUGCCAAAUCCACCAAUAACAAUUUCGAAUUUACCAUAUUGCUCAAGUCACGGUAGGGAACUUUCCUAAAACAUUGUUAUUGGUUAGUUGGACAAAAAUACAAUACGCACGUGACGGUGAAGGACCAGAUUUAUGAAUAAACGUUGACUAACAUGCAUAGAAAACGAAUGUGUCUUAUAAUAUAAUGACUAUAAUUUAAGAAAAUAAUAAUGACUAUAAUUAAUAUUAAUGAAAUAAUAAUGACUAUAUAAUUAAUAGUGACUAUAAUAGACCUUUAUAAAAAGGUUGACGUCAGCAGGCUUGUGACGUAGUUUGCGGAGGAAAUCCCGAAAGCUCAGAGUUGUUUACUUGUUUUGAGUUUUUUAAAAGCGAAAAGAAGCCAGUAUUAUGGUAAGUUUGAAGUAAAUUUUUCUAUAUAUAGGCCAAAUGAGUUUUCAUAUUCGUCGGAGUUUAAAUUUUAUUUGUUUUUAUAUUAGAUUGUACAUUUAUUUUACUGUCAACAUUUAGCAAAUUGUUCGCUCGGUCUGUUUAUAUAUUUCGUUGCUAAAAAGUAUAAUUUUUCUUUUUUGUUUCUCAAAUUCAUCAGUCUAAUCAUCAGAAUGGCCCUAAUCAAGCUGUAGACAGCAAUACACAGGCUCAGUGAUCGUGCAAAGAGGUACAUAAGUGAACUUAGACAUAUAAACUAAGACUAAGUAUUAUUUUAUCGAUAUAUAGUUGAAGUGAAAUACAUGACAAGUAGCUUUUAUCAAUCGUGUAUAACACUUUCCGUGUCUGCGUCUACAAUCUAGCUUUAAUUUUCUAUCAAGAUUUUGCCAGGUUGUGCCAUUCUGGUGAUUAGACUGAUAAAUUUGAGAAACAAAAAAGAAAAAUAUACUUUUUAGCAACGAAAUAUGUAAACAAACCGAGCGAACAAUUUGCUAAAUGUUGACAGUAAAAUAAAUGUACAAUCUAAUAUAAAAACGAAUAAAGUUUAAGCUCUAUAACGAAUACGAAAACUCAUUUGGCCUAUAUAUAGAAAAGUUUACUUCAAACUCACCAUAAUACUGGCUUCUUUUGGCUUUUAAAAAACUCAAAACAAGUAAACUUUCGGGAUUUUUUCCGCAAACUACGUCACAAGCCUGCUGACGUCAACCUUUUUAUAAAGGUCUAUUUAAGUCAUCUUCUUUUCUUCUGAAAAUGACUUAAAUUAUAGAAUGAAAUGUUUUUCGGAUUGUUUAUUGUUUUGAGUUUUAUUAAAAUACUCUAUAUGGCAACCGUAAUUUUAUACUCUUCUUCUUUAUGCACUUUUCCUAGACUGCGAGCGGUCCCUCCUUUCCACGCAUUUAGCUUCCCAGGCGUGCGAGGGGGAAGGAGGGACUACCGACAACACAUCAAGAAAGGAAAUAAGCCAACUUUUCGCUCUUGUCAAUUUGACUCCGCCUUUGCAUAUAAAACAUUACUUAUAUCCAAUUAAAUCUAUCCAAUAGGAACCGUUAAUGUCAUGUUUAUUUAUAAAAUCAACAUUCAGUCUGGAAAUUAUUUAUCGCAUAAUAUAUAUCAGAUUUGAUUGACAGGCACAUCGAUUUCUACCAAUGGGAAUUUUGCGUUUUAUGAGCAACGCAUAUUUCGUUUCUUGAUGUGUUGUCGGCAGUGGCUCCUUUCUCCCGAGGGACUGCUCGCGGUCUAACGAAUAUCGACUUGAUCCUAACAAGACGCAGAUUCUAUAGAGUUGAAAUAAUAUAAAACUAGUUUUUAGAUCUCUGAGGAUGGUUUUGAAAUUAGCAUCGAUAUACUCUUCUUGUUUGUGCACUUUUCCUAGAAUCAUUUACUAACUUACGAAUAUCGACUUGAUCCCAACAAGAUCUUGUAUAAGCGACAAGUUCUUUGUGAUACUUUAACUGGGAAUCCAUGUUACGUGAUAACAAUAACAUCACCAAACUGUAGUCAUGGUAAGUCAUGUUCACUUGUUACACAUACACAUGUUGGUGAGCUUAAGCAAGCGAACAUUGGUAUAACUUAUUUUGGCGACAAUUUGCUUCGUAGCGCUCGUGUAAGGAAGCAAAAAACUUUAAGAAUCAUAUUCUGUCAUAUGUUGACAAUUACCACAAACUGACACAAGCACAGCCCCCCUCGACAAUCUGACGUUCGUGUUGAAAAAGCAUUACUCUGCCAGGCCGUAAUUUUGGUUUUAGUUUUCGGAGUUACAAACUUGAAUUUUCCCAGGUUAUGCAAAUCCCAACGCAAAUUAGCUUAUGCUUUCUCGUACACAUCUAGGGGUAAUUACGUACUUUUUACUCGGGUACUUUUGGUUAACAGGGGGUCAAGUUCACGAGUAGCUCCAGUGAUGCAUAUAGUUCAGCGUGCAAUCAAUUCGAAUAUGCACAGCAGUAUUACAAAGAUUGCCAGGCAAAUUUUAAAAAUUUCGUUAAAUUUUCACCGAAUUGUUAACCUUGCAUCUUACUCUUGACGUCCUCGCAUGUUGAAUUACAGUGUUUUUGUUCAGAUUCGCACAUAGUACGCCCUUAUUCAAUAUUAAUUUUAAAUAGUAUUUUUGAAAUGCUGCAAAUUUCAUACAUUAAAUUUCAUACAAUUUGCUUCAACAAUAGGGCAAAAAAAUAUGUGGGUUUCCGGUUUCCCGACCCUAGCUAGCUUUUGGACGCCGAAAUUCCGACCCUAAACUUUUUUAUUGGAUCAUGCUUGUAAACGUUCGUGAAAAAUGGAAAUUGAGGCAAUGUUAGCAAAAUUUAUCUUCGAAUGUGGAAGCACUAACUAAACAAAAUGGCAUCCGGUUGUUAGGAAAAUUAAAAAAAAAGUUAAAACCGACCUACCCUACCUAAGUUUUUACAAGAAGAAAUAGGAAACCCACAUAUAUUUUUUUGGCCUAGGCAAUCAAAGCUUUUUGGAAGUAAAAUAAUUGUUACAAUUUUAUUACAAAAUUUAUCGGCUUUCAUAUCAUUUAGAUAAUCGUCCCUACAUAUUUCUGUGCUCGAGAGUUCAUCCAGGUGAAAGCAAUGCUAGCUGGGUAAUGAAAGGUAUAGUAUGCCUAUUUUAGGCAUAGUUUUUCGAAGUUAAUUGUGUCUUCGCUAGAACGUUGCUGUUUGUUGCACUUCGAUUUGUUUGGUUGGUUGCCUCUCGCCGGCCUUGUGUUAAAUACGCUGAUUUGUAGAAUUUCUGGAGCUGAGUGUCGUAUAUGCAUUUAAUUGUUAUCAGCGUUGUUCCACCAAACUUCUCGCCAGUUUUAAAAUCUAUUCUGUUGACAUUUACCUUCCAUAUACCCGUUCCGUCCUUGAGAGAAGUUGGUUCGGCAGGGCUGCAAAAUAUGGCGGACCAUUGGUCCCAGAAAAUUGUUGAGGUUGGCAGAAUAAAAUGGAAGGUGAAUCCGUAAAAAGCAAAAAGUCUUAAAGGAAAGAAAGUGUAUUUUACUAAUUUUAGCGACAGCCAUACUCUACUUAGUUUACUAUAGACCAUAUAGACGAAAAUACAUAAGGGCUAAUUUCUAACAAAAGAAUAUUUAUUCGCUAGCCUUGUUGGAGCUUAGUUGCGAUAAAAUUCUAAAAAGCAUAAUGUACGAGUCAAAUCCAACCGCGAUCAGCCCCCGCGCAACCCCCGGGGAAUUUGACUUUUGAAAAAAUAUUUGGUCAAAUGCCCGCCCAAACAGGCAGAAACCACAGUCAAAUGCCCUGCUAUAGGGGUAGCCCGCGUGCAGGCCCAAGGGAACUGAUAGUGGGCCUGCAAGCAAGGCCCGGUAUUUUGUAAAACGCCCCUUUUCAUAACACGCCCCAUUCGCGCGUCAAUUGUCAAAAAAGAACCAAUGACAGCAACUCAAAUAUUAACAAACAAACUCGCAUUAAAAUGUUGCGGGGUUUUCUCUGCUUUAAUAUUCAAAAUAGAAACAAUGUGUAAAUGCCUGUGUUAAAACUCCAAAAAAGCAAGCAACGCAGUCAGUAAUUGCCAAAUUUACAAGUGCUCAUUUUCAACUAAAAUCGGAACAGGCAAAUUAAGACGAAUUUCAACAGAAAACCGGUCUCAAACUUCAAAUCGUGAGGGAAGUCGUGCGACCACAUCAGCAUUUAUAAUGUUGCUUCGCUGUCGCCAUUCAGUGUUAUAAAUAAAUUGUCUCACUUAUCAGAUCGUGUGUGCAAUUCUUGUUGGCGGCGGAAAGUACGAAAUUUAUUUCAGAUAUUUCAUUUGGUGAGAACUCUACAAAAGAAGAGAGCGUUCAGAGUCCAGAUCGUUUCGUUUCAAACGGCAAUUUAAUGCCGUCUUCUCUUUUGCUCUCUCAGCGAAGCCUUGUAAAUCGCAAAGUAUUUUGAAUAGGCUUACAUGCAACUGCAUCUAAACAUCAACCAAAAGAUAAUUUUCUUGAGGAACAUAUAACGUAUCAAGUCUGUUUGAAAUUAAUGAAACUCAAGUAAAGGUUACUAUAGUUUUAUACCCCAUUCGUUUUCAAUGUUGCUAUUCCAACACCUCACGACAAGCAAUCCUCAUUGGCAUAACGGCAAAAACAUCUCUUCCUUCAAGUAAACAAUAAACAGUCUGUUCUUGUUCCAUUUGUAAUCGAAAAAAGUGAUUAAUUUUCGAAUUUUAAGCUUAUCGAGAGCCUUUGUCUAUGCCUUUGUGAUGAAUCACUGACCUAAUUAUAGAAUCCAACAGCAAACAGCCAAUCAGAAUGCCGCGUUCGUGGGCGAACGCGGAAAGUACAAAAUACCGGGCCUUGCUUGCAGGCCCACUAUCAAGUUCCCUUCAGCCUGCUCCCUUGGGCCUGCACGCGGGCUACUAUAGGGGUAGUCCUAGCUGGUUCUGGAAUUUUGGCCAAAGUUAAAUUGAACAAGUAUUUCAAGAUUAAAAAGAACGAAAAAUAGGCCAGACAGUUCUUCUUAUUGUUCAACCGGGCAUAUUGUAUCAUAUAUCUAUGAUUGAUAUUUGUGAUUCAGAAGCAAUUUUUAAACUAUCGAAAAGACGUAAAAUAUAAAACUCCUGAACGCUAGAGUGUACACAUAUUUUUAGGGAAAACCGCUGAGCAGGUUGUUGUCAAGUGGUCAAAUGCCCGACGGGGCCGUCAAAUGCCCGACCGGUCACCGGUCCGUCAAAUUCCCGCUUAUACGGAGGUAAUGUUAAGUCAAAUGCCCUGGGGUUGUCGGGGGGGGGGGGGCUGAUCGCGAUUGGAUUUGACUCGUACAUAACAUUUGCUUGCAGAAAAAGUUUUCCAACGAAAACAUUAUAUGCAAUAUAUUUUGCAACCGUGCGGCUUGGACUAGCUGUUAGGAUUUCUUCAUCCUUAAGAGCCCGCUCAUGCGGACCCAACAAUGUCAGACCAACACCAUCGAACAAAACCGGUUUCUUUCGCAAACAUUUUAAAGCACAGAUUUUCAAUUUUGGUAAAUCUUACGAUUUUAUCCAAAAGACUUGACUAUAGGCAGUUAAUUCAACACUGUUGUGUGUCGAACAACCCGCCACCAGGUGUCUUGUACAUGGAACCUUGUUAACUUUUGAGCAUGUUUGUUAUUAACUUUCUGGAAAGCGACACAAGAAAUACAAAUAUGCAUUUUAUUAUUUCUAUAGGUGUGCUCGAUUUCUUAUCAAGUAGCAAGAGUGAUGAUAGAAAUUUACAUUUUUAUAAUAAUACCCAGAGCCAAUAAUGGGGUCUGUUAGAACGUUUCUUUAUACCAGCAAUGUUUCAAUCCUGUCGCUCGCAUGCAAUUAGCGGCUAUAAAUGUUUAGGUGUAUCCCCCGACAUGCCACCCAAUUUUCAUUCAACUCAUUCAUACCUUAUUUGAUUUGUUUUUGGCCUGAAAGAUUGUUGAUUACUAUUUCGAAAUAUGCGAAACGAACUAUUGACUUCUGCUCGACCUAGCCUCAUGCAACCGUGCUGGGCAAUUUCGAAUUUCGUCAGCCAGGGGACGGUUGUUCAAAGCGCUAGCCGUUUGUAUGCAUGUUUGUUCAUUUCAAAACUUUAGAAAGUAUAACUUCUGAUGAUCCAGACAAUAUUUCUGGAAAAAUAUUUACAGGUUGGAAAGAUUGCUUUGACGUUUUUCGUUAACCUAGGAUUAAGGUAACCAGCUUUCGAACAACCCGCCCCAGUUGUCGUGUACAUGGAGCCUUACUAACUUUCUGAAAAGCAACGCAAGAAAUACAAAUAUGCAUUUUGGUCUUUCUAGGUGUGCUCGAUUUCUUAUUAAGUAGCAAGAUCACAGCAAGAGUGCUGAGAGAAAUUUACAUUUUUAAAAUAAUACCCAUGCUUAACCCGGAUGGCGUAAUAAAUGGGUGGUAAGUGUUAUUGCGAUGGGCCGUUUGCAUAACAAAUUUUCUUAUAACAAUAGUAGCAUUAGUAACACAAAGUCAAUAUACUCCUUUUAGUGAGGCGGAUAUGCGCAUGGAUGUUUCCGAAGAGGGUUAAAAGCACCAAAUUGUGCACAGUAGCAUCUUUUUAUGAGUAGAACAACGUGCAAAAGUGGGGCCAUCGUGAAACUGUUUUUUUUUAAGAGAGUUACGAUGCUAUUAGCAUUAUUUGCUAUUAAAUUCUACUACAACAAAAAAUGUGAAAUUUUGAAUUCAAUCGCGACAAAUAUAACUUGCAUCAUCAGAAAGCUUGUAAAAAACUACAUAAAAGACUCUUAAACAGUUUUUUUAUUCUUCAAAUGGUUAUUGCUGUAAAUUAGGCACAUUAUCUUGCUAAAAGUCCAUAAUUAAUUACUCGAUGUUUGAAAAUGCGUUUUUAACAGUUUAUAAUUCGAAAACUAUUUCAGAAAUCAAAAAACUGUCUAAACGUUUUAUAUGCAGUUUUUUAUAAGCUUUCUGAUGAUGCAAGUCAUAUUUGUUGUAAUUGAAUACAAAAUUUCAAAGUUGUUUGGCUAUAAUAGAAUUCAAUAGAAGAAAAUCACUAAUCACCCGUUUUCAGGAGUUAGCAGCAAAAUAGCGAUGGCCCCACUUCAAAUAUCUAUUAAGCAAAUAAAACUACAUCAAUUGUAAAAGUUUGAUGCUUUUAACCUCAAUGGGAGCUACUGAUCAAUAAUUUUACACAUAUCCGCCUCACCAUUUAUUCUUCUUUGGGUGAGCAGGUGAAAGAUUGAGACUAUCGGCUGCCAUCCGCUAGCUGACUGUCAUCCAUGUAUUACACCGUAAUUGUUUUGAAAGGCAUUAACUACGACACAAUCAAAUUUGUGAAUACGAAAUCAUGCACGGGUGAUUUUGAUAUCUUCUAAGUACUAUUUACAAAUACAAAAUGCAAUAUAUUGUUGUGUCACGUUACAGUCCCAUCAUUUCAAGGCAUGAGAAGUAGCUUCCCCAACACUAAUCCAAGAAUACAAAUUAACAACAAGAUAUUCACACACGUUUAUAUUCACUGUCUGUGUUAACAUAAAUGUAAUGUAUUAAAAAUUAUGUACUUUAUCGUUUACAUCUAGCCAUCGUUGUUCAUUAUCUGGUGCUGAUCUCAACAGACAGUGGCUGGACCCUGAUCCUAUCUUAUUUCCAACUAUCUAUCAUGCCAAAGGAUUGUUACUUUACUUGCAAGCAAUGAACAAGAAACCGUUGGUAUGCAAUCUUAUUUAAUAUAUUACUUGGGGUAAUAAUGUGCAAUCAUUAAUAUAGGUGUACAUACGGUGUACUUGGCCUUUGCAGCUCUCGUAGCGAUGCGCCACCAUGGACAAUUGGGAUUAGGUGGAUUUUCGAUCUGCCGGGAAAACCUGUAUAUUUUAGAAACGGACUUAAUCACCUCCGCGCUGUCUUAGCACGGCAAAAUAAGACGAACACGCGUUGAUUUAUAUCUAUUUAUCAUUUAUUUAAAAUAAUUCAUUAUAUCUGAUUGGCUAACAGCCAACUAUAAAAUCGUCAUAUCAACUCAAUAGCUGACCAAAUAUGACAUAAAAAUAUAAAAUGUCAAUUGUUGCAUAUUUACUAGCCAGCGCUACAUACAUUGCCACAGUAUAGUUAUUGUGUAAACAUAUUAUUGCUUUCAAUAAAGAUUUUAAUAGAUGGAUAGCGAUUCAACUGCCUGGAAAAUACAAACAAAACGUCGGCAUUUCGAGCGAAAGUCCUUCGACUUUGUCUGGAAAUUAGUAGACAAAGACCGUUCAAAAUUAUAUUAUUGGUUAGCACCUGUAUGGCUGUACUACAGUCACGCUACAGUUAUAAAUAUUGCAGUAUUAAAUAUAAUAAAUGACUUAGAGUCUUAGGAAAAAAGUAAAUAGACCCCUUCCCGUGUUAUACACGUUGGCAGGGAAACGUAUUUUAAAAGCUCCAAAGAGAUGGUGUAAUGGGGAAUGUAUCCUUUUAUAUAAUCGUAAUUUGCCAGCCAGCAAAAUAUAAACAAGGCAAGGACAGCCAAGGUUUUAUACUCUAACUAUAGUGACCAUACGGCAUAUGGUAAAAUCAUACGACAUCUGCAGUAAUAGCAGUAUGGCUUGCCUUAUUCUGUUUAGAUACCAGUAUAUGUUAUACAUUUUACACUUUUAUCACAGUACCAUAUAUUACAGUAAUAUUAAUGUGUGCGAUGCCGUUUGUUUUUGCUGUAUUUUUUUAAAAUGUUUGGAUAAAUUAGCGUACAUGUCAAUCAACCUGUUGUCAACGUAUAUUCAUCCAAUGACAAUUCUCGGCAGCUGGCUGCCGAGAGUGAUCAAUUUUACUAGGGCUUUCGGGCAGGCUCUUCUUCAAUUAUCGAGAUAAAUAAAAGAGCCGGCCACGCUGGCUACCUGGUUCAAUACGAAAAUAAACAGAAUCCGUGUCCUCGGUUGUUAAAGGUCUAAAAUUAUUUCCCUCUGGGCCAUAACGAUUUUUGAUUUCAAAUAAGAUUAUCAAAGGUUUGUCCUUAAGGACUCAGCCUAUUUUUUCUUUAAUAAAUACUAGGUAUUUUGCGAUUUCCAUGGUCAUUCACGCAAGAAGAAUGUUUUCAUGUAUGGUUGCCAUAAUCCAACCGUUGAUCUUCCGGUCACAAUCGUCACGUCAGGCUCAGAGUCGGACUCCUCCAAUGUUGGUGAAGCUGUGAAGGAAACGAAUUAUAGGGUGAGACUAAUUGAGUUUUCUCGUAAAGGAAAUGGACAACAAAAAUUAGUUUGUUCAAUUUGAAAGAAAGAAGAAUCUUGCCGAAAAUCAGUAAAAAAUUUGCCAUGCAUUGAAUGCCUCGUAAAUUGGGACAAACUUUUUAUUGCUAUUUCCCUUUGAUUUUCGUUCGCAUGCCUCGUGGUUCAAUUUCUAAAGAGAAACAUUUUUUGUCGCGUAUUUGCGAUGAAAAGCGUUCCAAACUUAAAAUCUUUUGGCUACCUUUUUAGCUAUAAAAAGCUAUAGCUGUAAAACUGUCAAUAAAAGUGCAAUUAUGAAUGAUGCUUUAAAAUUGACGCCUCGAUCAACCAAUUUUUCUUUGGCGUACCAUCUAAAAUAUCUUUUUUUUAGCUUAUUUUACAGAUAGAGCAUUAAUCAUACUUUGUAAAUUUGAUUGCCGAUUGAGAAACGUAUUAAAAAUUUUGAAUGUAGUCAUAAUCAUAAUUUUGAGCGUGUUUUACGCAUCAUACAAACAAAUGUCAUUUUGAUCUUGAGGAUGAAUUGUUGAAAUAGUAUUCUGAGUUUAACUAUAAGUUUGCAAUUUAUUUCUUAGUAUUACAUUUUGAUCCUUUUACUAUUUUUCAAUGCAUUGUUUUACCUUUGUUUUGCCCAAUGUACUUUGUUUAGCUACAGUUGUAAUCUUUUCUAAUCAGCCUUAACAUUCCUGUUUUUCUACUUUAUCUAGACAUUGCCAAGAAUACUACAUUCCAUUGCACCGUCUUUCUCAUUCCAAAAUUGCAGUUUUCUUGUGGAGUCUUCUAAGGAGUCCACUGCCAGAGUUGUUGUAUGGCGAGAGCUAGGGGUAACUAGGAGUUAUACUAUGGAAAGUACUUAUUGUGGGACAGAUCAAGGACCAUACAAGGUAACCACUUCAUUGCAUAUUACCGUAUUUACUUGUUCAAGCGCCUGGCGCUUUUCAAUUUCUAGUGUUUGGGAUUUAAGGGCGGCUUUUAUUCGAAGGGCGGCGCUUUUUAAAAAUAUUUCGAUAACAAGAAGUGUUGGAAGCUACAAAAUAAAGCUUAGAAACAUCAAAGUACAGGAGAAAAAUUAUCCGUGGCUUAUUAAAGAUUGACAUGUACAGCACUGUAAUUGUCUUUUUAGUUUCGUUUCUCGAACUAUUUUUCUCUCGCAACUUCGAUGUUGCGAACAAGUGCCGCGCUUAUUCAAGGGAAGCGCUUUUUAAUAUUGUUAAUCUCAUAUGCGUCGCUAACUCGGGUACGGCGCUUAAACGAGUAAAUGCAGUAUGAGUGCAAUGGUGAAAUAUCUUCAUGAGGUGAAAGAUUUAUUGGCCGUUAACUACGGUACGAUUAGCGUUUUGGCUCAUUGAAUUGAAUUGAACGAAAGCGAAACCGUGCAACCAAACAAAACGUUUAGUACAAAAAUCGAGUGGGCCCUGCAACGUUCCAUUGCACGGUCAGUAAAAUAGAAAUUUUUAUUCAGUAUGACGCAGUCAUAAUCAGCCAAUUUUAUAGUAAAAAACCUCAUCUUUAUCUACAUUUUCAGUGUAGAAGUUGCUGCAUGGAUGUGAUGUCAAUAGACAUGAAUUGCAAAUUAGUUUUCUUUGUUUUUCGCUCCAAAAUUUCAGUUAAUGAUAUCAUAUCCGGAAAGUUUGGUAUAGGGAAUGCAUAUUGCAUUUCUUCUUAGAAUGACCCAAAUAUUGCACGAACACGAAAUGGUUUUUUAAUGAUCCUAGUUUACUCAUUCUGCACGGUUCUUAGGCCAGCAAUUUUACCUGUUAAAUACACCGCGGCUUUUCAAUUUUCAGGGCUUUCAUAUUGGUACGAAAGAACUUGAAGAAAUGGGUCGAUGUUUCUGCGCCGGUCUUCUAAAGCUAGGAAACAGUAGUAGUAUUACUGCACUACUUGGUACCAUUCCUAAGUUAAGCAUGGAUGAGCGUGAGGCUGACGACGAUAUAUUGUAAGUUCUAAAUUCUUCUUUCCUUAUCAAACAGAUUGCAGUAAUCUCCAUUGAGAUGAUUUUCUUGAUUUCAGUUGGGUCAAAUACAAAUUUGCGUAUUUUUGCACUUGAUCGCUAAUGCUAAAUCGACCAAUGUCAAAGCUGGACUAUUGGUGUAGAUUCGGAGACACCAACACAUUGGCCAUGGUUUGAUUAUACGAUUGUUGAUGAAACCUCGCACAACUCAAAAUUCUAUCCAAUGUGAAAAUACAUAUUCAUACCUGUAAUUUGGUUGAGUUCUUAUUUGUUAUCCUUUUCAAAUCUAUGAUCAUUGUAUUUCAUUUUUAUUUGUUUCCAGGCUGCCAGAUGGUGAUCUAUUUGCUCCUGUUGAUACGUACCCUUACGAAGGACGUGAAUAUGCAACUCAACUCUUAGUUUAAAGAAAGACGAAUUUUAAUCCAAACCUGGGAACAUUGCAUUUUGUUUCAUUUAUAGUUUCUCCGUUUGCAUAACAUGCAACUAACUUGUGGACAAUCCGAAAUUUCGUAUUUCUUUGAAUCUUUCUUUGUUUUAUCUUCCCAUUUAAACUUCGGAUCUGCGUCUUCUGCGUUUGGGACUUUAAGAAAGAUUCAAAUCGAAGUCCUGGGUACUAGUAGUUUGCCUGCCAUGUGGGUGAGUCUGGCUCACUUCCCUGGGCCGGAGUUUACGAUCUGGAAGGCAACAGCCCCACGACACAUUUUUGAAUCUUGAAUAUUUGAAAAUGAAUAAUUAAUAAAUAUAGAAUGAUUGACUUGUUGUCGCAGGAUUGUCUUAAUAGCAUUUCAUUCCUUACAAAUCACUGAUAUAUAAUACUUCAUGGUGAAGCUGUUGCGAUGCGAUAAAUUCCUGAUAUGAUGAUAUACUAUGUUAAAGUGCCAGUUUAGUAGAGCUGGAACGUUUUGCAAUUGGAUAAUGCGAGUUGCGUCCCUUGGUUGGGCCUCGGUGGGAUGAAAUUAUGUAAACCUGGCGUCUUCAAAAUAUUUUUUGUUGUGGUUGCACAAACGAAACGAUUACCACUUUAAUAGUGUCUGUUAAUUAAGGUCUAUAGAUGUUUAACAGUCAUACAACACAGAAGUUAUUCUACUUGGGUAAGCUUUCCGGCCAACGGGCUCAUAUGAACAAAGUUUGAUUUUUGUUUCAGAAGAAUCUCUUAAGACCCGUACACUAGCCUAUACUAAUCUAAUCCCUGAUGAACUUCUCCCUGAACUUCUCCCUGAUGAUCUAAUCCCUGAUGAACUUGAGAUGGUCUGCAUUGAAUUAAGUUUACCCUACAAUAAAUCACUGCUAAUAAGCACAUGGUAUAGACCACCAAAUUCUCUUAUGAAUAUAUUUGAUUACUGGGCAAGCUUUUUAGCAAAAUGUGAUAAUGAAGAUAAGGAGCUAAUCCUCAUAGGAGAUCUAAAUUGUGAUGUCAGUAAAACUAUACCUGACCCUCACACAUGUAAGGUGCAAUUUUUAUGUUCUCUGUAUCAGAUAGACCAACUUAUUAAAGAAUCUACAAGGCUAACUCCUAAAUCAGCUACACUAAUUGAUUUAAUAUUAACAAAUAGACCAGAAAAUAUUUCCAGAUCAGGUGUCAUUCACCUGGGAAUUUCAGAUCAUAGCCUUGUCUACGCUGUGAGAAAAUUUACACUACCGAAAGGAAGGCAAAAAAUUCGUCAGGUUCGUAACUUUAAAAACUUUGUCGAAAAUGAUUUCAUUCGGGAUGUGUCUCAAUUGCCUUGGGAGAUGGUCUAUCAGUUUUGA